CUCAUUCAGCUUGGGGGAGAAAGUCAACAUUGACUGAGGUCUCAAGUCAGCUAUCUGUGAACAUCUGAGAGCCCUUCACAGAGAGUUCUCUCACUACUUCCCAGCACUACCAGAAUCACUUCAUUCCCUGGCGAAGAACUCUUUCAGUGUGAUGGGUGAAGUUACCUGCUGAGGAUGUUCACGCACAACAUGAUCAACUGGUGUUCAGUUGCAAGUGAAUACCCAUGGUUGCUGAAAUGGCCCUGAUGGUCAUUCUGCCAUUUCCCACUACCUGUGAAUGUGAGAGUGGAUUCUCCAGCCUUCUCACAAUAAAGACAAAAUCUUGAAAUGGGCUUGAUGUGAAGGAUGACAUCAGAUGUGCCCUUUCUAACACCACCAAGAAUACAACUUCUUGUGUCAAAGAAACAGCAUCAUCCAUCCCACUGACUACUUGCUGCUUAUGAUUGAAAAAGCCAAGCCUUUUAAAUGUGGCACCUUUGGAGCCACUUCACUACAACAGAGGCAUCUGGCAACUGGGGAUUUUGGAGGAAACCUUAAUAUUUGGAACCUUGAAGCUCCAGAGAGCCCAGUUUAUUCGGUGAAAGCACAUACAGAAAUUGUAAACACUAUUGAUGGUGUAGGAGGCCUGGGUAUUGGGGAUGGAGCUCCUGAAAUUGUAACUGGGAGCAGAGAUGGGACAGUAAAGGUGUGGGACCCAAGGCAGAAAGACACUCCUGUUGCUAAUAUGGAACCAAUAGAAGGAGAAACAAAGAGAGACUGCUGGACUGUAGCAUUUGGUAACGCCUCCAAUGACCAGGAUCGAUGUGUCUGUGCUGGGUAUGACAAUGGCGAUAUUAAACUUUUUGAUCUGAGGAACAUGUCAGUAAGAUGGGAAACAAACAUAAAAAAUGGGGUAUGUUGUGUUGAGUUUGACAGGAAAGACAUCAACAUGAACAAACUUGUUGCCACAUCACUAGAAGGAAAAUUUCACGUUUUCGACAUGAGGACCCAACACCCAACCAAAGGCUUUGCUUCAGUCUCUGAAAAGGCCCAUAAAUCUACUGUCUGGCAGGCAAGGCACUUGCCACAGAACAGAGACAUCUUUAUGACGGCAGGGGGAGCAGGAGGUCUUCAUCUUUGGAAAUAUGAGUACCCAGCUCAAAGAAGUAAGAAGGAUGCACAUGACAUUGAAAUGGGAGUCGCAGGGUCCGUCAGUCUUCUGCAGAAUGUCACUUUGUCAACGCAGCCUAUUGCAAGUCUAGACUGGAGUCCUGAUAAACAGGGUCUCUGUGUCUGCUCAGCCUUUGACCAAACUGUAAGGGUCCUUAUUGUUACCAAACUCAACAGAGUUUAGAGUGUUACAGUGCAAAGUGUGUUUAUUUAAGCUGUGGUUAUUAUUAUUAUUAUUAUUAUUAUUAUUAUUAUUAUUAUUAUUAUUAUUAUUUUCAGUUUUUUAAUCUUAAGUAAGCUCGUUAGAAGCACACACUAUCUUAAUCAAUAAUGAGAAGGUAUUUUGUUACUUUGUGAUGUUUACUUGUUUUUUUCACGUGCACAAUACAUUUGUAAACCAUACAACCUGUACAUAAUAGAAAACAAUAUAAUAGUUACAUGAUCACGUUCUUGAACUUAUCUAAAAAGAUAAUUAACAUUUAACAUCCUUUUAGUUCUGUUUUUUGAGUACUUUUAUAAAAGCAUCAAUUACAUAAAAUGGGUUCAAACUGUAGUGGAAAACUGUAUAAGUGAUAGUUAAAGUUUAAU